UAACUACGCUGUUCGACCUGUUACUGCAAAUCCACACACUCCAUGUGUUUGCAGCUGGAGAGGUGUGUGUGUGUGUGACUCAUUCAUUCACACACACUUACACACACACACUUACACACACAUAUUUGCACAUAUCGCUACUUUCCUGGAUUCUAACCCCCACUUGUUCCACUGGGACUGGAAAGUUCAGUGCAUGGAGUUUCAUCUCUUGCUCUCUCUCUCAGAGAGUUGUUCGCUCCAGUUUCUGCAGAAGGUUAAUAAACUCAGGAGCUUCUGAUUCCAGCAGGAUUGUGUUGGAAGCUGCUGGAAGAAGACCGGUGUGGUGGUGGUGGUGAAGCUGGUGGUGGUGAAGCUGGUGGAGGAGCUGUGGCAGCAGGUGAAAGAUAAAGGAGCGCAGGAGUCACGGCUGAAUAAAGCGACGCUGAGCCCCGUCACACGAUAUCAGGCCAGAAAAGAGGAGCUGCUGGAGGAGAGAUAAGAGAGGGAGGAGAGAGAGAGAGAGAGAGCAUGGAUCAUUGCUAUGUGUGGAUCUUGCUCCUGUCCCUUCCUCUCUCCUAUCAGAGUGUGUCUUCACAGGCUGAAGAGUGCCGCACGGCCGCGCCGGCAGACAUCGUGUUCUUGGUGGAUGAAUCCUGGUCAGUGGGUCCUUCCAACUUCCGGCAGAUUAAAGAGUUCAUCGCUGAAAUUAUGAGGUCCUUCCAGAACAGUGUGAUUGGACCCGAGGGAGUCCGAUUCGGAGUGACUGUCUACGCAGACGUCCCAAGGAUGCGGAUUGCUCUGACGGAUUACUCCACCCUGAAGGAGGUGUUGACUGCAGUGGAGGAGAUGCCGUAUGAGGGCGGAAGCAGCCGAACCGGCCUCGCCCUCGACUUUCUAGUAGAAUCUGUCUUCAGCUCAGCCAUCGUCCGGGACAACACUCCAAAGAUUGCAGUUCUCAUUACUAACGGCAGAUCUGAUGAUCUGAUUGAUGGACCGGUUAAAUCUGUAUCUGACAGUGGAAUCUCUCUCUUUGCGGUUGGUGUGAGGAACGCUGAUCCAGAGGAGCUGAGGAGGAUGGUGAGUGAACCUCCUGAUGAGCACCUGAUGCUCAGCCCUGACUCCUCCCUCUUAGAGCACCUGCUGCCCAAACUCUCCCGCAGAGUGUGCUUCACUGCAUCCGAACCUCCCCGACCUGUUAAACACAGUCCUCCAGUGGUGGAGAAGGUGGUGGGCCCCAGAGACCUGCAGGUGAGUGAGCUGAGUUACAGCUCUCUGCAGCUCUCCUGGAGUCUGGCCACCGGAGACGUGACCGGCUACAGACUGCUCAUCUCCCCUGUGUCCCCGAAGGGCCAUCUGCUCCCGGCUCAGCACAGACAGAUUAAUCUGAAGGGAGAUGCUGGAAGCACUAAAGUAACAGGAUUGACUCCAAAGACCGAGUAUUCACUCACUGUUCACGCCGUUUACCCCGGACGAGUUGGAGAAUCCUCAACUAUCCGCAUAGAAACCACUCCUGUUCCACCAGUAGCUAAUUUCCGUGUGAUUGAGGAGGGUCUGUUCUCUUUGCGUCUGGGUUGGACGUCUCCAAUUGGUCUAGUCGACAACUACAAAAUCUACAUCCCCAGAUCUGACAGACCCGGGCUCACCUAUGAGCAGAUGCUUCAGGGUGACUCCUCUUCUCAUGUGAUUGACAGCUUGGAGGAAGAUAAGACGUACACCGUCAGCAUCUACGCCAUAUACCCCGAGGGACCCAGCGAACCUGUGUCUGUUGUUGGGAGAACGUUGAAAUUAGUUCCUGUUCCGCAGCUGCUGGUUCAAAAUGCGACGACAGACACAGUGCAGGCUCGCUGGCUCUCAGUCAGAGGAGCAUCCGGGUACCGAAUCACCUGGGCCUCUUCAGAGGGCCACAUAGAGAGCGUUAACCUGGGGGAUAACUUUAACUUCUACAUGGUGCAGGGGCUCCAUCCUGGCACUGACUACACCGUCACCAUCAACCCCAUCUUCGUGGAUAUAGAAGGUCCCGUCACAUCCGUCAAAGCGAAGACAUUGGAGAGCAGUGCAGUACAGACCCUGAGGGCUACAGCGGUGAGCACCAGCAGUGCUGUUACCUCGUGGAACUCUGUCUCUGGAGCUACUGGAUACAGACUGGCCUGGGGUCCAACAGCAGAGUUUGUUGGGAGAGAUCGGCCGAGGCAGUUGGCUCUGAACAGCACUACUACAGAGUUUGUAUUAAAAAACCUGGUCUACGACACAGAGUACGUCAUCUCCCUCUAUGUGCUCUUUGGCUCUGUGGUGGGACCUGGAAUCACUGCUACUUUCAGGACCUCUCCCCUUGGCUACGUGUCUAAUUUUAAGGUGACGUCCUACACCAGUUCUUCUAUCAGCGUGGAGUGGAGCCCCAUUGUAGGAUCCACUGAGUACAAACUGGUCUGGAGCUCAGACGGCUCAAGUCCACAGAAGCACUAUCUGGACCGCAGUGUUUUACAGCACAGCAUCACUCGUCUCCGGCCCAACACCCUGUACUCCAUCAGCAUCCACGCCCUCUUCGGCAACACAGAGGGACCAGAAAUCUCUCUCUCACAACAAACAGCUUCCUCGAGUGAUUCAGAACAGAUUGAUACAGUAAGAGAAGUGAAAGUUGUAGACAUUGGAAUGAGCUCCUUGACCAUAGCCUGGAGGAAAACACCUGCGGUUACCGGCUACAAAGUCACCUGGAGCCCUUUUCAUGGUGGAGAGGAGCAGAAUGAAAUGGUUGCUUCAUCCAGCACAUCUUACACCAUCACCGGACUGCCGGCCAGCACUGCCUAUAAGAUCCAGGUCACAUCAGUGGUGGGAGAACGAGAGGGAAGUUCUGUUACAGUGACAGCAAGAACUUUGGAUCUGCCUAAAGUGAAUGGUUUCAUUGCUCUGAACACAACUGAUAACAGCACUACACUCAGCUGGACCAGUGUUACAGGAGCUUCAGCGUACCUCCUCACCUGGAGACACAUAUCAGAGGUUGAGAGCACCACUGAUGUUCUUGGUCCUGGUUUCACAUCAUAUAAGAUCAGAGAUCUGCAGUACGGCAGAACCUACAUCUUCACCAUCCGGCCCCUGUAUGGAGAGGUGGAGGGCCCCAUCACCACCAUCACCAAAAGAAUAGUGGGAGCAUCUCGUCUCAUUCCUGUCCACACUGCCACACCAGCCCCUGUUUCAGCUCGCGGAGGAACAGCUAAGAAGAUCACUACUACUCUGAGACCUGCUGGAAAACCUGAUACUGCCAUCACUAAAACAGCACAAGCUUUAACCAUGCUCACCACCACCGUUAAUGACCAGACCACUGCACCUGAGACUCCUCCACCUGGACCAGUGUGUGGCAGGAUGAAAGCUGAUAUUGUUUUUCUGGUGGAUGAGUCCUGGAGCAUUGGCACCAAUAAUUUUGGCAGACUGAAGGACUUCCUGUUCAGGAUUGUGACUUAUUUUCCAACAAUCGGCCCUCACGGCACACAGAUAGCUGUGGUUCACUACAGUGACCAGCCCAGGAUAGAAUUCAACCUGAACACUCAUAAAGACCGCAGCUCUGUGCUGAGAGCCCUCAGAUCUGUUCACUAUGGAGGAGGAAACACUAAAACAGGUCGAGGGAUCAGCUACGUGCUGAGGGAGCUGUUCCAGGAGUCUCUGGGCAUGAGGCAGACUGUUCCUCACGUGUUGGUGCUGGUGACAGAUGGGAGAGCCCAGGAUGAUGUGGAGCCGCCCUCCAGGAUAGCUCAUAUUCUGGGUGUCAGUGUUUUGGCUAUUGGAGUUUUAAAUGCUGAUAUGGAGGAAUUAAGGAAAAUUGCGUCGCCUAAACCCUACAAGAACUUGUUCUACGCUGCUGAUUUCAGUGAUUUCCCCUCCAUCGAGAGAGAGUUUAUCAGCAGCCUCUGCAGUAAAGCUGUGCUCACUGAGUUCCAACAACAUGACGAGUCUGCCCAACUGGACACACCCACAAAUGACCCAGAGGCUCUUCCCAAACCUGAAGGUCCUUGUCCAAUCCAGUGCAAGGGUCAGAAAGGAGAAAAGGGGGACGGGUUCGGACACGGUGGAUUGAGACCGAAGGUUGGCGCUGGCGAUUACGAUCCGUUCACGCUGAAGAUCAAAGGGGAGAAAGGAGAGAGGGGUCUUACUGGGACUGAUGGUAUUCCAGGGUUACCAGGGAGACCAGGUCGAACUGGACCUCCUGGCUCUGCUGGAUUAAGGGGUCUUCCUGGUGUUCCCGGGGACAUGGGACGACCUGGCAUUCCUGGACAAAAAGGCCAGAGAGGGGAAAGGGGAGAGCCUGGAUAUUCACUGGGGGGUAUAGAAGCUGGUAUGCCUGGACGUAAAGGAGAACCAGGGUCUGCUGGUCCUCAGGGCAUGCCAGGUAUACCGGGAGUCUCAGGACCUCCAGGCCUACCUGGGCAGUCUGGACCACCUGGAUCUCCUGGCAUUUCUUUAAAGGGUGAAACUGGAGAACCUGGUCUUAAAGGACCACGUGGAAAACCAGGACCCAAAGGCGAAAAAGGGGAAGACGGACAAAACGGUCAAGCAGGUUUACCUGGAUCAAUAGGAGUGGAUGGAAACCCUGGUCUUCCUGGUCAGAAAGGAGAAAAAGGGGAAGAAGGAGUUGGAAUCCCAGGUAUACAGGGUUUACUUGGACCUCCUGGAGAAAAGGGUAACAUUGGACUUCCAGGUCCUAUUGGUCUAAAGGGUGAACAAGGAAUUCAAGGAGUACAAGGACCUAUUGGGCCGAGGGGAAAAAGGGGGCCAAAAGGGGACCAAGGAGAGAAGGGUGAUCGUGGUGAAACUGGACCUUUAGGACCUCAGGGAAUAGCAGGCUUGCCUGGAGCUGUUGGGCUGAAGGGCGAGGAGGGACCGCGUGGAGAACCAGGAGAUCCAGCUAAAGGGGUGCUCGGGCCUCCGGGGAAGAAGGGCGCCAGGGGAGAUAUUGGAGUUGUUGGACCUCCAGGACCUCAAGGAAUUAAAGGGGACCAAGGAGACAAAGGUGAAAAGGGCAGUCCUGGCUUUGGUAUUCCUGGUCAGCCUGGUCCUAAAGGAGAGAGUGGAGAGAGGGGCAAUGUGGGAUUAUCCGGGAAACCUGGACCUAAAGGCAAAGAUGGCAGUAAUGGAGAAAAGGGUGAAAUUGGUCUCACAGGCAACCCAGGAGCUCCAGGACUAAGAGGUAAAGAUGGUUUACCAGGAUCAAAGGGGGACCCCGGAGCAAGAGGUGAUCCGGGUGCUACAGGAGAGCCAGGAGAGAAAGGAGUCAGGGGUUCUCUCGGUCUCCCUGGACGGCCUGGAGAUCCUGGGGAAAAAGGUGACCCUGGAAAAAUCGGUUUACCGGGUCCUGAAGGACCGAAAGGAGAUAAAGGCGAGCCGGGAAGACCUGGUCCACCUGGGAACGCCCAGUUUUCCAUGUCAGACAACAAUAUCCUCACCAGAGCUAUUAAGGGUGAACCAGGUGAACCGGGGCUCCCAGGCCUUAGAGGAGAAACAGGACUUCCAGGACCAGCAGGAGCUCCAGGGACACCAGGACCUCCAGGGAAUUCUCUGGGAGAAUCUGUCAAAGGAAAUGAUGGACUGGAUGGUUUACCUGGAGCAAAGGGUGAACCAGGGAAGAAAGGAGAGCCUGGAGCUAAAGGAGAAAAGGGUGAAGCUGGUCGAGUUGGAGUUUCUGGUAUGCCUGGACUGCCUGGGACUCCUGGUAAACCUGGUGUGGACGGGAAACGUGGAAUAGCAGGAAAAGACGGAGAACGAGGACUUAGGGGUGAUGAUGGAAAAAAGGGUGAAAAAGGAGAACCUGGUGGUGAUGGCAAAGCUGGAGAAAAAGGAGAGAUGGGGCCUCCAGGUUUACCUGGUUCUUCUGUUUUACUGCAUGAGGGAGCUUCAAUAGAUGAAAUAAGAAAAGCCUUUCCAAUACCAAUGGGACCGCCUGGAGCAACGGGUCCUACUGGAAUAAAGGGAGACAAAGGAGAUCAAGGCUUUAAAGGAGACAAAGGGGAUGCUGGUGUUCCAGGGAGAGCUAUUGAAAUAAAGGAUAUUGAAGCAUUAUUUGAAUCAUACGGCAUUAAGCUCUCCCUGCUGAAGGCCCUGAUUGAUCGGCUUCUCCAGGACGGCAUGGAGGAACUUCUGCAUGAAAUGGCCACUAAAAAAAGAACCAAAGGCCAGAGGACGGACCCCAGCUCUAAUAUCAUCACCGAGUACACGAGCUCAGCCAAGUACCAACUCUCCAGUGAUCCUCAGACUGAUGAGGCUUUAAUCACAGAAGAAGAAGAAGAAGAAGACGAGUUAAACGAGGAGCUGCUGCUGCCUGAACCCGACCUGGAUUCUCUUAAUGGAACCGAUGGAAUGAGUCCUGCCCUUUGGAACACAUCCUCCUCAGAUGGAAAGACAGAUAUGAGUGGAAUGGAAGUGGAAGAAAAAGGAGGAGAAGAAGCUACCAUCAAUCAAACUAACACUUCUUCAGAUAGGACCGGUUCAACAAAGACAGCGGUAAGUAUGGAGACGGUCCUCCACAGUCAGGAGGACACAGGGAAGAAGAGCUCAGGAGAGAAGAAGAAGAGCAGAGAGAGAGGAAAGGGUAAAGGAAAUAAAGGACGGCAUAAACGGCAAAGGAAACGAGUGGAAGACCAGGCCAGCAGGGAGGAGGAGAUAGAGGAGGAUAUUUAUGAUGAUGAGUUGUAUAACUAUGAGGAUGAGAUUGUUUCUGAAUCAACAACAGAAAGCAAUCUGCCUUCACAAAGCACACUUCAGCAGAACACAGUGACAGCUCCUUCAUACACACAAGAAACAGAGGAGAGCUACACAACAGCGCCCCCUCUCUCCACACCUGGAGUUACAGAGCAGUAUAAAGAAACAACAUCAUCCUCAAAUCUCAAUACCACACAACCUGCAGAAGAGGGCGUCACAUCCAGUUCUGAUGCACAGCCUGUGAUUCGUAAAGUGAAGAGGAGCGCCCCCGAUCCUAAAUAUGUGGUCUACUUGCCUGGAGCUCCAGGAGGACAAAAUCGCUAUGAGCAAAGACAGAAGUCACGAUCUGGUGCGAAAAAGAAAAAGAAGCUUAACAAAAAGAAACAAGAAAACAAGGACCCUGAACCCGGACCUGAGAUAUACAGCGAACGAGAGAGAGAAAGAGAGGAAGAGGGAUCAAUGCUAGAAACAAAUAUAGACAAAGGGAUUGAAAGCUUAGAGGAGCGACCGGCUGAAGGAGAAAGAGAAGAAACAGAGUGGGAAACACCAGAGGAAGAGGAACGAGGGAUAGGGUCUGAGUCAGUGCGAGAGAGCGGCUCAGGUGACGGAGAUGAUGAGAGGAGCAGUGAGUAUGAGGAGAAUGAGAGAGAUUGGGAAGAGGAGAGAGAAAGAGACAGAAUAGAGAUGGAGAGAGAAAGGGUAGAACUAGAGCGAGAGAGAGAGGAGGAGCUGGAGAGGGAAGCGCUAGCAGCAAGAGAAAGAGAAAGAGCGAGAGAGAAGGAGAGAGAGGACACUGAGGAAAGAGAGAGGAUAGACUGGGAGAGAAUGGAGAGAGAGAGAAUGGAGAGAGAGAGAGUAGGAGAGGGAGACAGAGAGGAAGACAUGAGGACACACAUCUCUCAGUAUGAGUUUCUCAAGGGACCUCCUGGUGAUAAUGGUAUACCAGGGACUAAGGGGGAGAUUGGAGAGAAGGGACAAAAGGGGGAACCUGGUAUUGGCCACCGUGGGCCUGUUGGUCAAGCUGGUCCACCUGGACAGAAGGGUGAGCCUGGAGAACCAGGACCACCAGGAGCACAGGGCAUUCAGGGUAUUCUUGGCAACCCAGGAAUUCCAGGUACACCAGGUCACAGAGGUCAUCCAGGUGACCCUGGAGAGCCGGGAAAGGAGGGAGACAGAGGAAAACGAGGUAAAAAUGGAUCACCUGGCGCCCCAGGAGCGGCUGGACCUCCAGGAAAAGAGGGGUCUGCAGGUCCACCUGGAGCGAAAGGUGACAAGGGUGACAGCAUCCCGGGGGAGCCAGGAGAUAGAGGCGUGGCUGGGCUUCCAGGUCGCAGGGGAGCCAAGGGCACUGUGGGAACCAGAGGGCCACCAGGACUGAUGGGUCUUAAAGGCGUUUCCGGAGUGAAAGGAGAGAAGGGUGACAGAGGUGUACCUGGUAUGAGAGGAGAAAGGGGAAGUCCUCUGUCCAUGCCUGGACCACGUGGAUAUAAAGGGUUAAAAGGCGACGGGGGGGAAAAAGGACCUCCAGGAUUUGAUGGAGAUAAAGGAGAGAAAGGAGAGGAUGGGCCUCCUGGUGUGAAGGGUGUGAAGGGUGAAGGUGGGACCAAAGGAAAGAUGGGACCCUUUGGGGCUCGAGGACCUGUCGGACAAAAGGGAGAAGCAGGGGAGCCAGGUAUCAAUGGAGAAGUUGGCCGUAAUGGAGCAGAUGGUCUGGACGGUGCAAAAGGUGACAAGGGAGACAUGGGCCUGCAAGGUCAAAAGGGUGACCAGGGUGAGAAAGGAGAUCACGGUUUUCCAGGAGACGAAGGCUUUAAAGGAGAAAAGGGUUUCCGUGGUUUACCAGGACGGAUGGGCAGCUCAGGAUUAAAUGGGGAACAGGGCAGCGCUGGAGGAGCAGGGACUCCAGGCCUUCCAGGACUGGAUGGACUCCCUGGCCAAAAGGGAGAAAAAGGCGAUAGAGGCCUGAAUGGACUGGAUGGUUCACCAGGGGAAAAAGGAGAAAAGGGAGCUGCAGGUUUUGCAGGUUUUCCUGGGUUUAAAGGAUCACCCGGAGCAGCAGGAACCAGUGGAGCUGCUGGUCGACCGGGGCCAGUCGGACCCAAAGGAGAAAUUGGACCAAAGGGGGAAAAAGGUAAAAGAGGCAGAGGGAAGACUUGUCAGAGAGGUCCUCCUGGAAUUCCUGGACAAAGAGGAGUAGAUGGUGAUAUAGGCACAGAAGGAAUGAAAGGAGAAAAGGGCGAACCAGGACUUACAGUAGAAGAGGUGAAGGACCUGGUGACCAAGGAGGUGGUAGAGAAGUGUGGGAAAGAUUACCUCCUCGUGGUGAACACCAACGAUCCGGAUGAGGGAAGCAUUCUGAAGGAAGAGAUUGAAGCAGAGAUUGAGGAGGUCCAGGAGGAACGAUCAACCCCUUCGCCCAACGUUUCAGACCCAGAGCUGUACCCUGUAGCGUACGACAAUGACACAAGAGCUGGUGAAGGGGUAGAGCAGUCAGAGAGAGCACGCAGACACGUUUACAACCCAAAACCAGGCUCUGUAUCUGACGUGUGUUUGGAGCCGAUGUCGGAGGGGCACUGCUCGGACUUCACUCUGCUCUGGUACUUCCACUCCAGCUCUGGAGGCUGUCGGCCGUUCGUGUACAGCGGCUGCGGGGGAAACGGAAACCGCUUCAGCACUAAACACGACUGCCUGAGCCACUGCAGCCCGGGCUGGAAAGAUCCUGGGUCCUGAUGACACAACCUGUGGUGCUAUUUUCCAGUGAUUAAUGUUAAUGUUGUUUUUAUGUCAGUGAUUGAUGUAAUAAAAGGUUAUGUUAGUUAUUUGUGUGCAUUUAUAGAUAGUGUUUAACUUGGUGUAUAUUUGUUGUAUAUGGCCGUAGCAUUUCUGAGAUAUUUGGAUUAUAUCAUUGUUUUGAAUGUAAUUUUGUUUUGCUUUUUUUUUGGUCAUUGUACUCCUGCAAUAUAUAAAUAUACUACGAGCCAUCCGUUGUUGCACUGCUAUACUGGCAAAUACGUGAGUAACAGUAUUCACUCUUUAUCAAUAACUGUUUGCAUUUAGAAGGGUGUGUCAGAUUGCAAUUAAAUAUAAGCCCUAUCCGGAGGGAUUAGUUUCUCAGGGGGUUCUGGGGUAAUUUUCCUCUGUGAUUUUAUUCCCGUCCGGAACGUCCAUGUACAUGUUUUUCUCAGACGUCCUCUGAUAAAGAAAAUUACAGGCUGAAUUAUCUACUGUUUUUCUCGGAACUCUUUUACGUGGUCCUCCGGUAAUUUUACUCCUAUCCGGACGCACAUCUCUGAAUUUCGACUCCUCGCAUUUAAUAAAAUAGCUAUUUGUCCACUGCUGCGCACCGUAAUUACACUUUGUCCACGUGUUUCCAUGAAGAUCCACGUAAAACACAACAGGGAUUGGAAAUGGAGGAGCUACUGAACGCUGCUAUAUCAUGACAGAGAAAAAAGCCUAAAAACUAAUAAUGGUUAUGAUUAUUAAAUUUUAUAAAUAUAUAUAAUCAUGUUAAUAAUGCCAUAUAAAUGCAUUAUAAUCUGUUAUGCGUAUGUUUAUAGAGUCUUAGUUUCUAGAAAUUGAAGUGGCUCAGAUCAGAUUUUUUUAAUGGCUGUGUGAACGUGCCAAAUCUGAUAUUUUCAAAUCAGAUUUGAUUCACUUUCAUAUGUGGUCCUAAAUCAGAUACGUAUCCAAUUCAUGGACAUGCAACAUGAAUGUGAACGUUCAAAUCGUAAUUCAUGUGUUUUUUUUACGCUUUUACGCAUUAGAGCUAGCAUUAGCAUUAGCGCUACGUGCUUCUCUCUCUCUUGUACCCACACUGCAUCUCUUGGUGCAGCUGUGCAGCUAUAGCUGGAAAAAAACAGCAAAAGCAAACCACCUGUCCUUUAUUCUCCUCCUCGACCUGAGCAUGAACUUCAGAGCAGCUGUUUACUCUCCACUCCAGCAAAAGAUGCUCCACAUAUGAGCUGCUAACUCACCCAUUUAUAACCCUUUAUAAAGCUACGAGUCUCUCGUCUCUCUAAUAUGAGGGGUUUUUUUGGUGAUGGUGGUGUGAGGCAGCGUUUCAGAAACAGAUUCUGUGUUCACAUUACACACAGAUACAGAUCACUUACAUUUACAGUGAAUGUGAACCGACAAGAUCUGUGCCAAAUCUGAUCUGAGCAAAAGAUCAGAUUUGAGGAAUAUGGCUUCUUGUAAUGUGAACAUAGCUUUAGUUACUUAUGUUCUAAUAGUUGUAGAAUCCAAAACAGGAGUCAUUUACAUGUGAUUUGUGAAGCAGGCACGUAUGGUAGCUAAUGGGUAUUUUCAAUUUGGUGCUGCUGUGAUGUGGAGUGGGCUGGUCUAGAAGAAAGCCCAGGGUUGAAUUUAGUUUGAUUACAUUUAUCUUUGUCUUUAUCUUUACCUUCUAAAGAGCUUUGCAAUCCGACACUUCCCGAACUUUCCUAUGCAACUGUGUUUUUUGAUGAUGAGUGUACUGUAUACUAGAGUAUAUACUAGAGUGUAUACUGUUGUAUCUUGAGCUGUGAUGUCAUGUAGAUGCAUGAAAUAAGUCUUCACUGAUACUGUUCUUUGUAUAUAAGAAAAUUUAUUACAGAACAAAGAAUAAUUAGUACAAAAGAUAACAGCAUCAUUAACAAGCAAACCGGUUUGCAGGGAGAGAGUUCUUUUCCCAAAUCUGAUCUGUAGCUCUCUGGCUGGACUUGCUGAAGUCCAGCCUUUAUGUUUGAAAACACCUCACAGCUGGAGCUGGAGCGCACAUACAUAAGUUAUUCUGACUCCAUGUAUGGCAGUACUCCCCCAUACUAUCCUAUGCUUGAAAAAACAAAUGUGUUUAAGUUAGGGCUUACUCCAUCUGUUCCCUGUGGUCCAGUGGCCAUUCUGUGUGGAAAAUUUAUAGAAUAAUAGUGAAUAACCCAUAUGUUUACAACUGUGUAUGCUUAAAUAUACGUCAAUACUUACUGCACACUUCCAGAAAAUCCUGUUUAAACUUCUUGAGCUACAAUAAUGUAAUGUACAGUCAUUGACACUGUGUUUUUUUUUAUGUUUUAUACUGUUUUGCACUAAUAGCGCUUUUGAUUUGAAUGCAUAUACUGACCAUCGGAUUCAAUCUUGUUUGUGUGAAGUAUUAAAUAUUAAAGUGGCAAAACACGC